GAACCCUUAAACUCACACUACUCUAUGAACCCAGCAGUUUCAGCAUCAUAUGUAAUUCUUUGAGGGGUCUGAAAUAUUCAUGAAUCAUGUUAAAUUGAUAAAUCGCGUUUUGCUGUCAAACUCCUCGCAGGCUUCCGUACACGUCUGCCUGCUUGCACUUUGGUAGUCAGCCGGUGAAACGCAGCUUGAUACUCUGUUAUAUUGAACCAUUUCAAAUCAGGAAAAUGAGCCGCAGUUAUAAUGACGAGCUGCAGUAUCUGGAGAAGAUCAGCGGGAACUGCUGGAGGAUUAAAAAGGGGUUCGUCCCCAACAUGCAGGUUGAAGGAAACUUUUACGUGAACGAGCCUCUGGAGAAGCUGAUGUUUGAGGAGCUUCGUAACGCCUGCAGAGGAGGAGGUAUAGGUGGAUUCCUUCCAGCGAUGAAACAGAUCGGGAAUGUGGCCGCAUUACCGGGGAUCAUACACAGGUCCAUCGGCCUCCCUGAUGUCCACUCUGGGUAUGGGUUUGCGAUCGGGAACAUGGCGGCCUUCGACAUGAGCAACCCAGAAUCUGUCGUGUCUCCAGGUGGUGUCGGUUUUGACAUAAACUGCGGCGUGCGCCUGCUGAGGACGAACCUGGACGAGGUCGACGUGCAGCCGGUGAAAGAGCAGCUCGCUCAGUCUCUGUUCGACCACAUCCCGGUAGGAGUCGGGUCCAAGGGAGUCAUUCCAAUGGGAGCCAAGGACCUGGAGGAGGCUCUGGAGAUGGGGGUGGACUGGUCUCUGAGGGAAGGGUACGCCUGGGCCGAGGAUAAGGAGCACUGUGAGGAGUACGGCAGGAUGCUGCAGGCCGACCCUAACAAAGUCUCCUCCAAGGCCAAGAAGAGAGGCCUGCCGCAGCUGGGGACUCUGGGAGCAGGAAACCACUAUUGUGAGAUCCAGGUGGUGGAUGAGAUCUACAACGACUACGCAGCGAAGAAGAUGGGCAUCGAUCACAAAGGUCAGGUGUGUGUGAUGAUCCACAGCGGCAGCAGAGGGCUCGGACACCAGGUCGCUACAGACGCUCUGGUUGCGAUGGAGAAGGCGAUGAAGCGGGAUAAGAUCACAGUGAACGACCGUCAGCUGGCGUGCGCUCGUGUCAUGUCCCAGGAGGGUCAGGACUACCUGAAGGGGAUGGCUGCUGCAGGAAACUACGCCUGGGUCAACCGCUCGUCCAUGACCUUCCUCACCAGACAGGCGUUCUCCAAAGUGUUCAACACGACGCCGGACGACCUGGACAUGCACGUCAUCUACGACGUCUCUCACAACAUCGCCAAAGUGGAGGAGCACAUGGUGGACGGGAAGCAGAAGACGCUGCUGGUUCACCGUAAAGGCUCCACAAGAGCGUUCCCCCCACACCACCCGCUCAUCCCUGUAGAUUACCAGUUGACGGGUCAGCCUGUGCUGAUCGGAGGGACGAUGGGGACCUGCAGCUACGUGCUCACAGGGACAGAACAGGGCAUGACGGAGACGUUUGGCACCACCUGUCACGGAGCGGGUCGGGCUCUGUCUCGAGCAAAGUCUCGCAGGAAUCUAGACUUCCAGGACGUCCUGGACAAACUGGCUGAUCAGGGAAUCGCUAUCAGAGUCGCCUCACCCAAACUGGUCAUGGAGGAGGCUCCUGAGUCGUACAAAAACGUGACAGAUGUCGUCAACACGUGUCACGACGCUGGAAUCAGUAAGAAGGCGAUCAAACUGAGACCGAUCGCCGUGAUUAAAGGAUGAAGAAGAGAGAAUCUGCAUUUAAAGACUGUUUACAGCAAACUAAGGAAUCAUGUGAAGCACUACGUACUCCCUUAUUUCUGUUUUUAUGGUGGUGCAGAUGAAUUUAUGUUGGGUACAUUGAUCAGAGGGGAAAAUAUGAGAGAGAGAAUUUAAUUUGUAACCUGAAAAAAAGGUGUUUGUGCCAAAUUCAUGACAAAGCAGGAAGUGGAUUACUUGAAGCUGAAUAUGAGUUAUAUUACAUUACAGUACCCUUUAGUGAGGGUAACAAACAGGGGAGGACUCUCUUUGCAUCUAAGUUUUCAUGGAACAAACCUGGCUGUGGGUCAAUAAAUAAAUAAAACAGAAGGUUUGAUUUCUGAUGAUUAGUAAACACUUUAUUCAGUUUAACAGAUGCGCUUACAGAAGGUUCAUCUCCAUAUCAAAAAGAAACAAAACAAAUCAACACAUUUCACCAUAAAUGAACAAAUUAAUUCAUUUGGCAAGUUCUUGUCAGAUAUGAUCAGACGUCAGGUUUGCUAAGGAUGAAAUAAUAAAAUACAAACAGGCUGCAGAAAACAUUUUUCAUCAAUAAGCAUCCAUAGAAGCUGAUUUUUAAGCAGUCAUAGCGUUUAAACCUUUUUCUGAUGUCCUUUAAAUCUGCUGCAGGAAGGACAAACAGAGAUGACUGCUAGAGUCAGAAAUACUGCAAUGGUAGGAUGAAGGAUUCAGAGCAUUGAGGGUAAAAACAAGGGAGUGAGGUGCAGGGGAAGUGCUGAUUCUGACAGAGUCCACUGUGUGGCGCAGUUUCGUUGACCUUUUAGUGUUGACACAGUUAAGAGAAAAUAAACUGAAGAAAUAAAUUUAAAUUUGAGUAAAAACA